AUGUUCAAGACACACUACGACACAUGGGAUGAUGACACCAUGCGUCAGUCGCGCACGGAGAUGAACGACUUCUUGCAGAUGGAGUUGGAUGAGACUCGUGAGGCUGACGACCGCUCACAAGAGUGGACAGUCCCAGACGGCGAAGGACAAGGCACUAGCAGCGACGAC